CAGUGCCCUCCCCCCAAUGGACGAGGAAACCGGACGUAGUUUAGCGUCAGUUCCGGUUCCGAAAGCGCAAAGAUGUCGCCGUCCGUGUUUAAUUUUAUCGACGCUAAAAACAAAUUUACGGCUUCUGCCAGACACGCCUUAAGUGGCAAAAGCAGCAAACCUUUAAUCAGUAUUUUCAACCAGAUCCCUGGCAAUGAGACGGAAAAGAAGACCACACUUGACCAGGCUUUGAGGGGUGUCCUUGGUGAUCUGAUUGUUGAGCAGAAGCCGAGCUGUGAUGACUACCUGUCUCUCAUUUACCUCAGUAUUGAUGCCGUUACAGAAGGUAUCUGCUCUGCUACAACCCCUUUCGUCCUGCUGGGAGACGUACUGGACUGCCUGCCUCUUGACCUGUGUGACAAAAUAUUCUCCUUUGUCGAAGAGAAUGUUUCCACCUGGAAAUCGAACUCCUUUUACACUGCAGGGAAGAACUAUUUAUUGAGGAUGUGUAACGACCUUUUAAGGAGGCUGUCCAAAUCUCAGAACACGGUAUUCUGUGGGCGAAUCCAGCUUUUCCUGGCGCGUCUCUUCCCUCUGUCUGAAAAAUCAGGUCUCAACCUACAGAGCCAGUUUAAUCUGGACAAUAUAACAGUCUUCAACAAAAAUGAACAAGAAAGCACCCUUGGUCAGAAGAGCACAGAAGAAAAGGAGGAUGGCAUGGAGGUGGAAGAAGGAGAAAUGGGAGAGGAUGAUGCACCUGCACCGUGUUCCAUUCCAAUUGACUACAACUUGUACAGAAAGUUCUGGACACUGCAGGACUACUUCAGAAACCCAGUGCAGUGUUUUGACAAAUUCUCAUGGAUGACAUUCCUGAAGUACUCAGAUGAGACCCUGGCAGUAUUCAAGAGCUUCAAGUUGGAUGACAUGCAGGCCUCUAAGAGGAAGCUGGAGGAGCUGAGAGCAUCCGGAGGAGAACAUGUUUACUUUGCCAAAUUCCUCACAAGUGAGAAGCUCAUGGACCUGCAGCUCAGUGACAGCAACUUCAGGCGGCACAUACUACUGCAAUACCUCAUCCUCUUCCAGUACCUGAAGGGUCAGGUCAAGUUCAAAAGCUCCAGUUGUGUUCUGAACGAUGACCAGACUGCAUGGAUUGAAGAGACCACUAAACUGGUUUAUCAGCUGCUGAGAGAGAUCCCUCCUGAUGGAGACAAGUUUGCCACCAUGGUGGAGCACAUCCUCAACACAGAGGAGAACUGGAAUUCCUGGAAAAAUGAGGGAUGCCCGAGCUUUGUGAAAGAAAGAACAGUAGAUGACAAACCUAAAAGACCCACCAGAAAAAGACAAGCUCCCGAAGAUUUCCUUGGAAAAGGGCCAGACCGCAAGAUUUUUAUGGGAAAUGACGAGUUGACUCGACUGUGGAACCUGAACCAGGACAACAUGGAGGCCUGUAAGUCAGACAGCAGAGAGUUCAUGCCAUUACUGGAUGAAUUCUUUGCAGAAGCCAUUGAGCAGGCCGACCCGGCUAACAUGGUGGAGGAGGAGUACAAGGUUGUGCGGAAUCCAAACUAUGGCUGGCGUGCUUUGAGGCUACUGUCCAGGAGAAGUCCACACUUUUUCCAGCCAACUAACCAGAAAUUCAAAAGCCUGGCAGACUACUUAGACAGCAUGGUCAGCAAACUGGCCAAGGAACUGCCGAAGGACAUUCCUUCUGAAGAGAUCAAGACAGGAGAAGAGGACGAUGAUGAUAAUGGAGACAACCUUCUGAAAGACAGCAACGACAGUCCAAGCAUUCAGAGCAAACUCGUGACAAACCAGCAGAUGGAUGACAUAGCAGCCAAACUGGGUGCUCAGUGGAAGAUGCUGGCGUCCCGCUUGGAGAUGAAGGCAUCAGAGUUGAGGGAAAUCGAAACAGACAGCGAAGAUGUUGACAUGCAGGCCAAACUGCUGCUGGUGUCCUGGCAGGACAGAGAGGGCACUCAAGCUACGGUGGAGAACCUGGUCACAGCUCUGAACGCUGCAGGGUUCUCUCAGAUUGCAGACAGCCUCACUGAGGCUUAAAUUUACUUUAAAUAAUCUGUACCUCCGUAACAUUGUUGCAGCAUCCUCUUUCAUACCAAAAAAAAUUGGAGAUUACAUUUUUUGUAUGUAGCAUAGGCUGGCAAUUUUUUCACUGUAGAAAAUCCAAUGUUUUCCUAAAUAAAGAAAACUGGACAUUC